AAAAGCUCCGGGCAUGAUCCAAAUCGAGAUUCAACUCCAUCUCUCUCCAUCUUGACCGACGGGGAGCUUUGGUGGCGCGCCAGAAAUCCGCCAAAAUGCCGACCGCGCUGGGGCUGAGAUGGGUGCUGGCUCAAAGCCACGUUCUUGGACGGGCCGCAUCGCCAUCUUCGUCGGCUUCCGUUUGUCUCUUUUGCUCUUUCUCUAGGCGUCCUGCGCCCGCAGCAGCUUGGAUUCCGUCGAGGAGGAAACCGUUGCCAACGCUCGGCACCCAGCGACGCCGCCAGUCGGCCACCACCGCUGUCUCUUCUACACCUGCAGAGACAGCCAUCUUAUCCGAUCCUCGCCAGGAGCUCGAGAGCGCGCUACGAGACUUGCAGUCGCAUGCGCCCAACUAUGUCAACCUUGCGCGCGUCCAAUUGGCGCUGCGGAACCUCACGCAACAACCCGGACACGAGUCGAUACGCGUCGCUAUUCUGGCUCUGUCCAAUGGCUCUGAAUCGGGACGCACAGCAAAGAAGCUCCUCAGUCUCGUACUGGCGGAUCCCCUAAAACCUGCGGCGGACUGGGAAGCACAACUGGAGGCCCAUGACGUGUCGCAACCUCUCAUAAUUCGCGUCGGCGCGGCGGGGGCGGCAGCGUCUCGACAAGAUUCCAGCGAAAUACUGGCCACAGCAAAAGGUCACGCAAUGCCCGAGUUGAGCGUCUCGUCGCCCGCUAUGGACAAGAGUAAUCUCGAAAUAGUCAUAACGAGGGCCGAUUCGCUUACGGCGGCAGCACAACUGAGCGACCCGCUGGCACUUGAGGAUGCUUUCCUCGUGCCCACAGUGGACGUAGCAACACCUACCUCAAGUCACCCUACUCAUAUCGCAGCACCUGUCCACAUGGUGCUGUUGGUUGGGGAUGGUGUCUUGGGAGCGGCAUCCCUGCUUUCGCAUCCCCUUCUCGAAGACAGAGACAUAAUCACCUGUGCAGUGAACUUCAAGCAGCUUAGCGCAGAUGACCUAUCCGGUUGCCCCGUUACCGGGAUCAACGUUGAUGCUGGUAACGAGGGCCUUCAACUGUUGCGAGCUAGUGUUGGUAAUGCGAUGGAAUUCCAGACUCUUUGGUCCGAGUCGAACAUAGGGCAAAUCCGCGAGUGGCUCACAACAAAUGUCUUACCAAGUGGUGAGGCAGCCACAAAGGGCCCGGUCCGCCACUUAAUAAGCUCUCUGCUACAGAACGCCGGGGCUGCAAUCCAAGCAGAGGAGGCCCGCAAUCUAUCCGAGUCGACGACGGGGAACAUCACCCCCCAGGCUCUCGCGCGCCUCAACCUUGCGCUAUCAGAAUGGGCCCAAGCAUCCCAUGAGGAACUGGAACAACAGCUUGAGGUUGCCUUCGCCGACCGGGCAUGGGAGAAACUAGGGUGGUGGAAGCUAUUCUGGCGGGCCGACGACGUAAGCAUAUUGUCGUCGGAGAUGCUUGCUUUACGGUUUCUCCCGGGUGCUGAAAGGACCAUCAUAUAUCUCGCCGGCCGCGUAAGAGAGGCUGGGGUCACCGAGGGCGACUUGGAUCAUCCUGUAUACCCGGGCCCAGUGUUGGCGCUGUCCACAACAGGUCGCGGGAAUCACGAACGAGCUCUGGCCGGGUCCGAAGCAAAAUGGCCUCAGCACAUUCCAUUUACAAGGAACUAUCUCCAGGAAACGACGGUUCCAGCGCUGCAGGCACUGGCGCAGAAGCUUGUGCUGCAGUCUCUGGCCACGUCGACCCUGGCCACUGCCCUGGCGGGCCUCUCGUAUCUGUCGGCAUUGGGAGCGUACGAGUGCGGCGCCAUUACGGCCCUGGGAAUCGUCUGGAGCUUGAGGCGCCUGCAGAAGCAGUGGGAUGCUGCCCGGGAUUUCUGGGAGGGAGAGGUGCGGGAGGAAGGCCGCAAGGCCGUCCGCGCCUCCGAGGCCAGCAUCGCCGAGGUAUUGGACCGGGCAACCAAGUCGCAGGGCGACGGGGUUGAGCUUCUCGGGGAGCUUCGGAGGGCCAAGGAUAUCAUCCAAAGGGCGGAAGGCGCGCUCGCUCGGUUAAAGUAAGUGGGCAGGCACUCUUUCGUCUCAUGUAAUAUAUUAUACUGUACAUUCCCGGCCCCGAGGGCUCGCUCGGUCUGCGUGCUGUAAAUAGGGACAGGGACACCAUUCAUAAAAUGUAUAAUGCUGUAAAUAUUUGUAGAAAAACAGGCAAGCAGGAUGUUUUGUUCUCAUAUGUCACGUUCUGGCUUUACUUGCCUUCCGCACUCCGUUUGUUAGCACACGUCCUUGUUUAGCUCUACAGUUAGUCCUAUUCUACGUGAAGUGCCAGCAUCGUUAGCAGUCUUCACGCAGUCUUCAUGCACAUCUCGUCUCAAGGCAUCAGCUUGUAUUUAGUAUUUGGGUAUAGAAUCAAAACCGAUUUCCCAC